UAUAUAUUUUGUAAUAUUUCAUUUAUUUUUCAACAUUAUCACAUUGGUUUAGUAUUUUUGUGAAAAAAUAAAUAAACUUCCUUUUUUUCCUUGAUUUGCAUAGAUUCUUAUUAACUAUUCUAAUAGCAUCAUAUAGACAUAAAUAACUUAAACAAUUAAAAUAUAGCAUAGUCAAAUAUAAAUACAAUUAUAAAUCAGAUCCUACAAUCAUCUACAAUAUUAAUUGUUAUAUUUCCGUUUACAAUUUGUGCUAAAAUUAGUCUGAAUAGUGAUUAUUUGUGCAUUUUAGUUUUAGAACUAUUCACGAUGGCGCGUAAAAAACUUAUAGACAUCGCACUUGGGUUGUAUGCAAUCCUGUUUAUUCAAGCGUAUACAACUGAAGCUACUAGAAUCCCGCGUCAGUCUUGUAUAUGCACGAAAAUCUAUAAACCAAUAUGCGGGUCAGACGGAAAAACUUACGACAACGACUGCGAACUAAAAUGUUUUAAUGAUGGUAUUGUAGAAGGUCCUCUAGUAACCACAAAAUAUGACGGAGAAUGUAAAGAUGAGAGCUGUGUUUGUACGAAAAUAUAUCAACCUGUUUGUGGUUCAGACGGAGAAACCUACAACAACGAGUGUCUUUUGAAAUGCAAGAACAAUGAAAAUAAAAACGAUACCCUAAUAAAAAUAUCCUAUGAAGGCGAAUGUAAAAAGGAAGAAACUUGUGUUUGUACUAAAAUCUACUUACCGAUUUGCGGAUCCGAUGGAAAAACGUAUAAUAACGAGUGUUUGCUUAAAUGUUAUAAUGAAGAAAAUAAGAAAGACCCUAUUGUUACUAUAGCAUACGAAGGAGAAUGUAAAGAAGAAGGGUGCUUCUGCCCGCUUAAUGUUGACCCUGUUUGUGGAUCAGAUGGGAAAACUUACAAUAAUGAGUGUGAACUGGCAUGUUUUAAUAUCAAAAAUAAAAAUGAUCCAAUCACUAUUGCAUACUCAGGAGAAUGUAAAAAGGAAGAAGGUUGUCUAUGUUCUAAAAUCUACGCACCAGUCUGUGCAUCGGAUGGAAAAACAUAUGCAAAUGAAUGUGAACUAAAAUGUUACAAUAUCGGAAGUAAAAAAGAUCCAGUUACUAUUGCAUACCCAGGAGAAUGUAAAAAGGAAGAAGGUUGUCUGUGUUCUAAAAUCUAUGCACCAGUCUGUGGAUCGGAUGGGAAAAUAUAUGCAAAUGAAUGUGAACUAAAAUGUUACAAUAUCGAAAAUAAAAAAGAUCCAGUUACUAUUGCAUACCCAGGAGAAUGUAAAAAGGAAGAAGGUUGUCUGUGUUCUAAAAUCUACGCACCAGUCUGUGCAUCGGAUGGAAAAACAUAUGCAAAUGAAUGUGAACUAAAAUGUUACAAUAUUGAAAAUAAAAAAGAUCCAGUUACUAUUGCAUACCCAGGAGAAUGUAAAAAGGAAGAAGGUUGUCUGUGUUCUAAAAUCUAUGCACCAGUCUGUGGAUCGGAUGGAAAAACAUAUGCAAAUGAAUGUGAAGUAAAAUGUUACAAUAUUGAAAAUAAAAAAGAUAUUACAGUGUUUAUAUCUUAUGAAGGUGAAUGUAAAGAAGAUACCAAUUGUUUUUGUCCCACAAUUUAUCAACCUAUUUGCUCUAUUGGUGGUAUUACGUUUGGGAAUGAUUGUCUUUUAAACUGCAAAAACAGGGAACUAGAGAAGAAUGGUGAAAAACCUUUAUUAGUAGUAAGUUACGGUAAAUGUUCUGAUGAUUGUAUCUGCUCUGACAUUUACGAACCAGUUUGUGGAACUGAUGGGAAAACAUAUCCAAAUGAAUGUGAACUUAUGUGCAAUAACAAGGAAUUAAAAGAUCCAGAAAAAUAUAUAAGUAUAUCUUAUCCAGGUCUGUGUAAAGUAAAAUGCGAUUGUAAAUCUCCGGAAGAAAACGUGUGUGGAAGCGACGGCCAAACUUAUAAAAGUCCAUGCAUUUUAGAGUGUGAAAGUAAACAGAUUGAAGAAUCUGGCCUAACACCAAUUGAAAUUGUUAAGAAAGGGGCCUGUACGUACCCAUGCAAAUGUUUAGAUAUAUAUCAACCUGUAUGUGGCAGUGAUCAAAAGUCUUAUAAAAACUAUUGUAUACUAGAUUGUGUUAACAAAAAUUUAAGACCACCUUAUGAGUAUGAAAACACUAAAUAUAUCAAUGGCUACGGUAAUACCUACAAUAAUAAUUAUAGAUACAACACUUUUGGAUACGCAGAUGGACACCUACCAAAUUAUUAUAAUCCGUAUCGAUUCUCUUACGGGGGCAAUGGAUACGAUGACUAUUCACACCUCAGAUAUAAACGCGAUGAAUAUGAAAGUAUAGAAAUUACUAAAAGCGAAGAUAAACAAACAACAGAUAUAGUUGUUCAAGAUAAAACUUCAGGAACAAAAGACGAAGUAAUACAAUUCCCUAUCACUAUUAAAAGUAUAGGUCUUUGCCAAGAAUGUUAUUGCUACAAUAUUUACGAUCCAGUCUGCGGAAGUGAUGAUGAGACAUAUGAAAAUGAAUGUGAGCUUAACUGUAAAAACAAAAAACUAAAAGAUAAAGAAUUAAUAUUUAUAAAAGCAAAGGGUCGUUGUGGACAAUGUCACUGCCCUGAAAUCUUUGCGCCGGUGUGUGGUAGCGAUGGAUAUACUUAUCCGAAUAUAUGCGAAUUUUACUGUCAACGAAGUAAAGAAGAAAAGGAAAAGAAAGAAGAAGAGGACAAAGGAAAGGACAUAUUCGUUAAAUACUUUGGCGAUUGUCACCCAUAUUCAAAAUAUUAAACUCUUAUCCUUUUAAUACACAAAACGUGAAGAGUGUUAAAUGAUCGAAUCUUACUUUAAUAACCGAAUAGUUAGAAACUUUAUAAGCCAGUACUAAUUUAAUAAAGUAUAUGACUUAA